AUGAGAGUCUUCGCGCUUGUUGCGGCCUCGCUGGCUUCUAUGGCUUUGGCGCAGAAUUGCGGACCGCAGUAUCAAAAUCAGGUUUGCGCGGCUGGGAAAUGCUGUAGCCAGUAUGGCUGGUGCGACACUACUCCUGCCCACUGCGAUCCAGCAACCUGCCUGAAGCAGUACUCCGGCACAGGCUCAUCCUGCAAGAACGGCGCUUCCACCACUCUCAAAACUUCGAGCACCAAAAAGCCCACCUCCACCUCCUCGCCCUACGCCUCCUCCAUCCCGGUCAUCGACGUGUGCGGCAGUGCUCAGGGCGGUGUGUCCUGCCCCGGCGCCGGUUUGAACGGCUACUUCUAUCGCUGCUGCUCCUCCGCGGGUCACUGCGGCCCUAAGAACGAUAUCCAGGACCAGAGCUUGUAUUGUGGCACUGGAUGCCAGGCAGGCUAUGGCAAGUGCGAUACCGAGACGAAGCCGCCGGAGCCGACGAGUGGAGCGGGAACUGCGCAGGCUGGCGGGAGCUGCGGGCCGAUUGUCAAUAAGAAGUGUGCUAGUGGGCUGUGCUGUUCCGGCAGCAACUUCUGUGGCACGGGGACUGAUUUCUGCGGUGCCGCGAAUUGGUGCCAGCCUAAGUGGGGGAAGUGCUCGUAA